AUGGCUAGAAACAGAUUGACAAGGCGGUACGGCCAGGCCCGACGUUUUGCUUCGGUGGCUGUGUCGGCGGUUUUCCGCCUCCUUCGGAACGGCGCCAACCGCGCUUGUGCUGUAACCUCCACCUUCCGACCGUUUUCCAGGAUGCGAGCGUCUGUACUAAGGCUAGCGGAAUCUGUCUCGCGCAGACCGAUCAACCCACGGGAUGCAACUGCGACGCUUCUUCCCCCAAUUCCCUUAUACCGACGCAUUCUCCGCGUUCACCGAAACCUGCCACCUGAGAUGAGGUCCCUAGGCGACGUCUACGUCAAAUCAGAAUUCCGGAGACACCAAAAAGUCACCAACUCGGGCCACCUCCUCGGAUUCCUCUCGCAAUGGAAACGCUAUCUCGACGAAAUGCCAAAGGGUCGUGAGGAAGCUGCGGGCUACAGGGGGAAGCGACUUGAUCCUACUGUUUUCGAAAAGCUCACUGAGGAACAGCUGGGCCAAUUAUACGAGUUCAAACAAGCAGCACGGGAUGUAUUCAAACCAGGAAAUGACAAAUCAUAA